AUGGCUGCCAACAGUUGCCUGCCUCCGCGGUGUGGAUAUAGCUGUCAUGGUGCCGGCACUGGAUUCGGCUAUUGCGGCACUGGAUACGGCUACGGUUUCAGGCGCUCUGGAGUCUGCCCACCCUGUUCAUCUGGCAUCACCCCUGUCACUUGCAACGAGACGCUGCUUCAACCUCUCAACCUGGGGAUCGAUGCCACAGCCCAAGCAGCAAAAUGCCAAGAGAAGAAUGAGCUCCAGUUCCUCAACAGCAAGUUUGCCUGUUUCAUUGACAAGGUGAGUCAUGGAAGGGCUAUAGCUCAGUGGUAGAGCUCCUGAAUUGCAUGCAGAAGGUCCAUCCUAGCUUCAGUCCCUGGCAUCUCCACAUAGCACAGGAAUGUCCAUUGCCUUGGAGAGAGACACUGCAAUACUGACCUAGCUGUACCAAUGGUGUCAUGGUCCGGGUUACAGGCAGUCGGAGUCCCGGCUUGGUACGUCGGGACUGGGGUAGAGGUCGGGAAGCAGGAAUCAGCAGUCCAGGGUCAGCAGUCCAGGGGUCAGGAAGCCAAGAGUCCACAAAUCAGGAAGCCAGGAUUCAGGAAGCCAAGGGUCCAAGGGUCAGGAAACCAGGAGUCAGGAAGCCAAGGGUCCAAGAGCCAGGAUGCCAGGAAGCCAAAGCACAGCUAGGUGGGUAGCGUGUUGCUGUGGCAAAGAGCCAGAGGGAAAUGCUGAUUACCCCUCCUGGCCCUUGACACCAGGUGCUACGCGUCUUCUGUCAAGCCUCACCUGUGAGGCAGCGCCUUGCCCUUCCAGGCCAAACUCAGAAAGGCCCCAGUCCUGCGAGGCCCUACCAGUCACAGGGCUUAGCUCCUGCACGCACUCCUGACAAAUGUUCUGACUCUGCAUAAGGCUGGUAUGUUCAAAGAGUUUGGCAGGGAAUGUAUACAGAAUGCUUGUACCUGAGAUUGGAAUAUCCAGCAUCACUCUUUGGAUAUAUUUCAGAAGCAGCCAAAGUCACAUCACGGAUGAUCUGAAUCUAAGCUGGCCUGUUACUUGCAGCAGGGUGGAGGAGGCAGGUGGCAUCUCAUCAGCUUCCUCCAUGUAUUGUGAAGACAGUGCCACAAAAUGUGUUGUUGGAGAUUGAUCAAUAUGUCUUUUCAAAAGGAGGAGAGAAAAUAGAGCACUGUUGCACUCAUGUAGGUUUCCCAGAGGCAUCCAGUUGGUCAUCAGGAAACAAAAUGUUGGACCAAAAAGGCCUUUGUUCUGAUCAUCCAACAUGGCACUUCUGACAUUCUUCUGCAUAUAGUAGGGCUGGAGAGCCUGAUGUCCUCCAGAUGCUGGACUACACCUCCCAUCAUCCCUGACUAUUGAGCAGGCUGGCUGGAACUGAUAGGAGCUGGAGUACAACAUCUGGAGGGCUACAGGCUCCCCUUUCCUGAUACAGGGGAUAAUGGUAGCUAAAUUAAGCCUGCUAGAUUAGACAGGCCUUUGAUCUGACCCAGGUUGCUCUUCAGCAAUUAGCACUGGGAUAGCAGAUUGAGCAGACCCACAAGUCAGCUGGGCACAGUCUUCUCCUCUAUGGGAAGACCCGUUGUAUAGCUAAUAAAAUGUUAGUCAUUGUUUCUCAGUUUGCAUCUAUACCUAUAACUCAGCACAUGCACAUUUUAUGCAAAUAGGUGUCCCUUAUUUAGUGAUGCAUUUCAUCUUGUUUGGCAAUGAGCAUGUAGUCAUUCUGCACCAGCAGGGCUUUUCUUAUGCUUUCAAUGGUGAGGUGAAUGUGAUGUUGUUGUUUAGUCUUUUAGUCGUGUCUGACUCUUCGUGACCCCAUGGACCAGAGCACGCCAGGCACUCCUGUCUUCCACUGCCUCCCACAGUUUGGUCAAACUCAUGCUGGUAGCCUCGAGAACACUGUCCAACCAUCUCGUCCUCUGCCGUCCCCUUCUCCUUGUGCCCCCAAUCUUUCCCAGUAUCAGGGUCUUUUCCAGGGAAUCUUCUCUUCUCAUGAGGUGGCCAAAGUCUUGGAUCCUCAGCUUCAGGAUCUGUCCUUCCAGUGAGUGAGCACUCAGGGCUGAUUUCCUUAAGAAUGGAUAGAUUUGAUCUUCUUGCAGUCCAUGGGACUCUCAAGAGUCUCCUCCAGCACCAUAAUUCAAAAGCAUCAAUUCUUCGGCGAUCAGCCUUCUUUAUGGUCCAGCUCUCACUUCCAUACAUCACUACUGGGAAAACCAUAGCUUUUACUAUACGGACCUUUGUUGGCAAGGUGACGUCUCUACUUUUAAAGAUGCUGUCUAGGUUUGUCAUUGCUUUACAGUUCUGCAAAACCCACUGAGCUUAACGGGACUCAGGCAUGCACCUGGACCCCUGGAAUGACCCUCUUUGCCUUUCAUAUUGGAAUCAGUUCUGAUUCAGCCCUAAAAUUAAACACUCCUGUCCUGGUGGGGGAGAAAUAUUGUUUCCUUUGAUUGACAGGUCCGAUUCUUAGAGCAACAGAAUCUGAUGCUGAAGACGAAAUGGGACUUCUUGCAAGAGAGGAAGUGCUGCAAAAGUAACAUGGAGCCCAUGUUUAAUGAGUACAUUGCCAACCUGAAGAAAGAGCUGGAGUGCUUGGAAUGUGAGAGGGCACAGCUGCAGGCGGAAAUGAAAAACUGGAGCGACACCCUGGAGUGCAACAGGAAGAAGUGAGUGAGAUCCAUCAUCUCAGCCUGCUAGCAGAAGGACAUGCUGAAAUGCAGAGCCCAAACCAGACCUGUGCAGUCCAAAUGCAGUCAUAAGUUACGUAUGGUGGCCCACCAGCAGAUCAGUAAAUGGUGGCUACCUCUGGUCAUGCCUCUUCUGGCCUUGUGUGAAAUCUUCCUUGCCAGCUGUGUGACACAUCUGGAGUCCUGUUCAUUACAGAAGACAUGGGGGGAUGGAAGGCAGAAUGGACAAGAGAAGCCACAACUCUGCCUCAUGUGCCAAUGCUCUGGGGCAGAGACAGAGAGCCUGUAGCUCUCCAGAUGUUGUUGGAAUCCAACUCCCACUUGUCCCAGUCAGGGAUGAUGGGAGCUGUAGCCCAUCAGCAUCUGCAGGGUAUUACAUUGACUAACCCUAUAGGCCAGCUCUCUCUUUUGUGAUUUGUCAAGCCUAGAGUUCACUCAGCAUUAAGCAAAGUCAGUCUUCAAAGGUCAUCCCAAAAUGAACAUGAGCAGAAUAAUUUUGGAUGAGAUAUGCACAAGUACCUGAUAAGCACCACCUGUAAAUACCAUAUUUUUCCAUGUAUAAGACUAGGAUUUUUUCCUUAAAAAUAAUGUAAGAAAUUAGGGGGCGUCUUAUACAUGGGGCCAUCUCCCCCAAUUUUCUUAAAUAUGAGUCCCCCAAAAUAGGGGGCAUCUUAUACAUGGGGGGUGGCUUAUAGAGGGAAAAAUACAGUGUUUCACUCUUUGCCUGGGUUGCCCCUUUACUUUAAAGAUCUUGUUUCAGAUGCCCAAAUCCCCUGAAUUUUUGUUACAUUUCUUUUUGCAUGCAUCUACUUGUUUUUAUGCUGCUAUUUUAUUGAUUUUCGGUUUUCUUUUUGUUUUAAUGACAUUGCUUGUUUUAUUUUAUACCGUAAAUGGUUUAGAGGUUUUAAAAAUAUCGAGCAGUCUGUAAGUGGUUUUAUAAUAAAUAAAAUAAACAUUCAGAUGUGAGGCCAAACUGUUUCAUUUACCUCAUCAGGUUCGAAGAGGAGUGUCACCGCCGCACUUGUGCUGAAAAUGAGUAUGUGACUAUUAAAAAGGCAAGUGGCAAGUCUUCCAAAAUAUGGCAUUUGUUUCUAGACCUGAGUGGGUUUUAGCACUAUUCUUGUCCUAGCACCUUGAAUGGUAAUUGUUAAGAGUCAUGGCUUCUUAUCAAUAUUUCCCCAUUUCAUUCUCAUGUUCCUGUAGGAGGUGGAUUGUGUUUUCAUGGACAAGUCAGAAAAGGAGACUAAAGUGGACGCCUUGAGGAAAGACAUCUCCUUUUUCAGAGCUACCUUUGAGGAGGUAAGGCACUCUCCCAUUCCAUACAGAGAUGGAAAACCCGUGGGGUUUUUGGACCGCAGCUUCUAUCCCUUGUGACAGGUUGUAGCCCAAAAGGCAAACACAAAGAUUUUUGAAUUGGGGUAAGAGCUGAGAAAGAAAACCAUGUUAGAACUAGAUCAGACAGACAUAUUCUUGACCUCUCAGGCAGAAAGCAGAAACUUUGGUGUGAGCCUCCAUGUAGCUGAGAGAACAUUUGGAUUCUUUUUGAUGCCAAGACCAUCAACUGCUAUUACUGCCCAUGAUAUUCAACCAGCUCAAGGCAAAUCAAACAUUUCUUCAGCUGUGUGGAGGCCCCAACUAUUCAGAUGCAGCAGUGGAUGAUAACAGCAUGGUGGGUGUGGAUGACUUAGGCCAGGGUCUUCUGUAGAGGUUCAUGGGACAACUUCAUCAUCUUGGGUGGAAUAAAACGUGAUUGAUUAGAGGAGACUGUGAGGUAAAGAGGAGCAGGAAGGGGCAUUCUAGACUGGGUUGGGCUCAUGACAUUAAGGCCAUUUUAGUGCAAAUUCCCCACACCUUAAAUCAUGCUCACAGAAUAAUAGGAAGGUAGUAUGGGUGGUUGACCUUUAGCACCAUCAACUCUUAUCAGGGCAGCUGAAGAUUCAAAACCAGCCUGGUUCUGGCCAGUUGUUCUUGACCUCCCAUCAUCCCUGGCCUUGCUAGCUUGGGCUGAGUUCAGCAACAUCUGGAAGGUGUUGGCUACCUCUGUCCCAAACAGGCCAUCAAAGGCAUCCUCCCACAUUGGCUAGAGAACAUGGAGUGAGGUGUGGAAUCAAAUAUUCAAAGGAAUUCUUCCAUCUUCUCUGAAAAGAGCAGGCCAAAUCUGGAGGCAAUUUCAUGAAAGUAAAACUCCAUAGUAUUGACAGACCAUGUUCUGUCCCUCUGACAGGAAAUCCGCGAGCUGCAGUCUUGCAUUUCGGACACCUGUGUCACAGUGCAGAUGGACAAUAGCCGAGGCUUGAAUAUGGACUGUGUCAUUGAGGAAUUCCGGCGUCGGUAUGAAGAUAUUGCCUCUCGGAGCCGGGCUGAGGCUGAAGCUUGGUGCCAUUGCCAGGUGAACCCUGUGGUGGAAAUAUCUAGCAUGCCUUAAGGCAGGAAUGGGAAACUUCUCUCAUUCCAUACGGUGGACAUACAGCUUCCACAUUUCUGUCUUCAGCAGUGGAGAGUUGUGCCCUUUGCAUUUUGCUGGGUUUAAGACAGAACUGUGUUUCCCACAUGCAAAGAUGUGUACAGUGCCAAUGAACUGGAGAAGGAGGGGGAGGGAGAACAGCUGGUGGCUGGGAGGAAUCACUGGGCAUUGGGACCGGCAGAAUGAGGCACUGCAGGGAGAGCAGAUUCUCCUGUGGAUGGGAAGCACGAGAUAAGACAAGGAAAAUGAGUGAUGGUAUAAAUAGAAGUGGCUCGUGGUAUAGGAAGCAAUCUAGAGAAGGGAGUUCCCUCAAGGAUGGGUGGAUGUCAAAGGAUGCUAUAGGGGUGCUCUUCAGUUUCCAUUGUUUUGAAGUAUCUCCCUUUGCUGGAGCUAUUUGCCCUGAUAUUCAUUCACAGCCUCCUCUCUAGAUUGCUUUGGGGUGAGGCCUUUCCAUCCACUUCUCCUUGGCCUCUAUCUCUUCCCACUGAGGCCACAUACAUUGGCUAGAGAGGCACAGUAAGGGCUGGGCUUGUGAAGGGGAAACAAGGGGAAAUUGUGUGACUUCCCCCACCACACCCGGCUUUCAGUGGUUCCAACGUCUUCUAUUUCGCCUUAGUAUCAAGAGUUGAAAACGACUGCGGCCAAACACUGUGACAACCUGCGUAGCGUCAAGGAAGAACUUAGUGAGCUGACCCGGAUGGUCCACAGGCUGGAGGCAGAAGUUUCAAAUGUCAAAGCCCAGGUAAGACGGGACAGUGUUGACUUUUGGAAGUCACAAUUGUGAGGUUAGCUGCAGAUUAGAAAUGUGUAAUUGAAGUACCACAGCUGAUUACCAUGGAACCAAGUGACUUCAAGUUCAGUCGAGCAGGAAUUUUCUUUGAUCACAACAGAUCACUACUGGGUAUGGAGUUCAGCAUGUGGAAUAAAUGAUACUCUCAUCUUUUUUUAAAAAAAAGUUCCAAUUUUUUAGUCCUUAAUACUGCUUGAAAACAAUUCCAGGUAAAAUUAUAGGAGAUCUGAUGUGAAUAAAUAGUACGGAGGUAGGGGUGGGAAUUCUCUUAAAUGAAACUAAGAGUGUUAAGCUUAGUUAAGCAGACUGUCUCAUCAGAGUGGUGCAUGCUCUAGUUAUCUCUCACUUGGACUACUGCAAUGUGCUCUAUGUGGGGCUACCUUUGAAGGUGACCCGGAAACUACAGCUAAUCCAGAAUGCAGCAGCUAGACUGGUGACUGGGAGUGGCUGCCGGGACUACAUAACACCGGUCCUGAGAUAUCUGCAUUGGCUCCCAGUACGUUUCCGAGCACAAUUCAAAGUGUUGGUGCUGACCUUUAAAGCCCUAAAUGGCCUCGGUCCAGUAUACCUGAAGGAGCAUCUCCACCCCCAUCAUUCAGCCCGGACACUGAGGUCCAGCGCCAAGGGCCUUCUGGAGGUUCCCUCACUGCGAGAAGUCAGGUUACAGGGAACCAGACAGAGGGCCUUCUCGGUAGUGGCACCCGCCCUGUGGAACGCCCUCCCAUCAGAUGUCAAGGAAAUAAGCAGCUAUCCUAUUUUUAAAAGACAUCUGAAGGCAGCCCUAUUUAGGGAAGUUUUUAAUAUUUAAUGCUGUAUUAUAUUUAACAUUUGAUUGGGAGCCGCCCUGAAUGGCUGGGGAAACUCAGCCAGAUGGGCAGGGUAUGAAUAAUAAAUUAUCAUCAUCGUCCUCAUCAUCAUCAUCAUCAUUAUUAUAGUUAGGAAACAUGGAUCUGAAUUAAGCCAUUGUUCUUUGAUGAGAGGCUGAGCAAGGGGUGGGAGAUUUAUUCAGUUUUUAUGCAUACCAAAGAAUAGGACAUUAGAAUUGAUGGACCAAUGGCCUGAUCCAGCAAAGCUUCCCCCCCCCCCCAUGUGUUUAACCAUUUUGAAAAGGAAUGAUCACAGUGUGGGAAAGAAUAUACAAAGCAAUAAUUAGCCUAUCACUUUGUCAGCUUACAAAAUCUCCAGGGGAACUCCUGAAGUGUUGUGGAAUAUGCAGAGAAAUUAUGGGUGUCCCCCAAAACCACUCCUUCUAGUUCUUUAGAGUUUGCAACAAAUAAGGCUAGGCAAACCACAGUCCAGGGACCAAUAUAGCUGAGUUCAUGUGCUGUUAUGAUGCUGUUGCCUUUGCCACCACAGAAAGCAAAACUGGAAGAGGAGGUGGCUGCAGCUGAGGAGCGUGGGGAGAUAGCUGUGAAAGAUGCCAAAUGCAAGUUGGCUGAGCUGGAAGAUGCCUUGCACAAGGCCAAGCAGGAUAUGGCCUGCCAGCUGCGAGAGUACCAGGAGCUGAUGAAUGUCAAGCUGGCCCUGGAUAUUGAGAUUGUCACCUACAGGAAGCUGCUGGAAGGAGAGGAAUGCAGGUGA